UUUCAAAUAUAUUUAUAAAUCAUCUAUUAACUUGGCUCUAACUUUCAAUACCCCCAAAAUAUCCCAAAAAUAAUACAAAUAUGGCUAUUUUAAUUAAUAUAUUUAUUAUCACCUCUUUCUUGCUGAACUUUCUAAUGUGCCAAAGGCAGGACUACUCCUUGAUUGCCCAACAACCUGAAUUUCUGGCCAUGCCAAAUCAUCCCAGAAGCAACGAAAUGGAUUAUCUCAAUCCAAUUCAAAGCUCACAAAUGGGAAUACCAAUCUGUCCAGCCGAAAACCCCGCCGAUGUGAGCUAUGAGAACUAUUCCGCUGUUCAGUUGAAUCGCAAGAAAAUAGCCAAAAACGAGGAUGAUGGCGAGGAUCUUGAUGCGGCAUCCGGCGAUGAUGAUGACGAUGGUGACGAGUGUGGGAAUGAUAAGUUAAACGUGGACGAUUCGGCAUUUGUGGCCAGGAUCUCCUGCCUAAUGGCUUCCAUAGAGCGUCACAUCAAGGCCAUUCUGGGGAAUGUCAAUAAAAUAGAAACGCAAGUGGGUAACCUAAAGUCAAAAGGAACCAACGGAAAGUGCAAACAAGACAAAGAGCCCACACCAAAGACGAAAUGUUUCAAACAGUCAAAGUAUUUUCAGGACAAGCAGUGGCGUCCUGGUCAAGAAAAGCAUAAUCAGGAGGAUUUUAAGUUGGCUUUAGAUCAGAAACUAGAAAACAAUCCAAUGCAACCGAAACUUCUCACCCAAAACAAGGAAGAUAUCUCUCUGCCAGGUUUAGGCAUCCAAUCUCUGAAUAAGGGACUUACUACCUUUCCAUCAGGAGCCAAAAUGGAAUACAUAAAAUCGGAUUUAAAGACUAUAUGGCCAGCUCCAAUAGAGCACAACCUCAAGCCCUACGAGGAGUACGAAGCCAGAUUGAGACGUCUGAUGGCCAACCGAGAUGCCAUCGAGAGGAAUGUGGUAAAGAUGCUGGGUCCCAGGCAUGGGGAAAGGAUGUAGCUUGGCCAGGAUAUGAAAUGGAAUUGGAAAUGAACGGAAAGGCAGGCUUUCAAAUAAAUAUUUUGCACGUGCACGUGUUUAUAUACAUUGAACAUUUCAACUCGAGGUCAGCGCUUUACCUCUGCCACUUGGCCAAUAAUCUAGGACACUUGUGACGUCAGUGGUGGUGGCAAGCACUCGAGGAAUUUAUUGCGGAUCAAAUGAACAUGAAAAAGCACACACAUCAAUGUGGAGGCCAAACUUUGAUACAUUUCACUCAUUGAGCAUUUUGCUGUUCAAUGAAAUCUCACAAUGAAAUUUCAUUUAUUUUUAUUCUCUUGCAUUUAUUUGUAAAUAUAUAUUU